AUGCCUGAGCCUACUUAUUUUUCUGACCCAUCAUAUUCACCAACUGGUUCUUCCAAUUCACAAAAAUACCCAUCAAAUUAUCCAUCAAAUUAUCCUUCAAAUUUACAAAGCAUUUCUCAAAAUCAUCAAAAUGUGUUAACUUCAAAUUUGAGUCCGAAUAUAAAUACUCUUAAUCACCAACGUCCUCCAAACAGUAGUCGACCUUCAAACAGUAGCCAACCUUCAAACAGUAGUCGACCUUCAAACAGUAGCCGACCUUCAAACAAUAGUCGACCAUCAGAUUCAUUUUUGGAUCGAACUUCAAACUUGUUUUUAUUAAAUAUAUUAAGUGCGUUUCUAUCUCGAGCAGGAUCUCGGAUUCGUCGUUAUAAUCCCUCUCCUCCUUCAUCUCAUGCAAAUCUCGAAGAAUUUACUGUGGUAAUUCCAGUACUUGACAAUAAACCUAAAAGAAAAAAUUUAAAUAGUUCUCCAAUGAAAAAUCCUCCUUUUUGGAAAAGACUAGUUUGGAUGGUGCUAUCAGUUUUAAAUGUUUAUACUUUUAUUGGAAGUAUUAUCUUAAUGAUCAUUUUAUCUAUAAAUGGGAAUAUCACAAGGUCCUUUUCAACGGCACAUUAUGUAAUUAUAGCCAUAGGUACUUUGGAAUUUGCUCCUCGUUUAAUGAAUAUUUAUCAAAUCCAUUUUUACACCGAUGGAAAAAUUAAAUUUUUUGAAGUUUUGGCUAUUAUGUUUG